CGCUAUUAAAGCAGCAGCAGGUAGCUAGCUAGCUAGCGCUUCGUUUCCAGCAUAGUUUAUGCGGCAACAGAAGUGUUUUGAACUGUCCAGAGGGGGUGUAUUGGAUUGGAAAUUUCUCAGAAGCGGAGAUGAAAAUGUUAACGUUUUUUACGGUAUAAAGACGUAUAACUUUAGUGCAAGAUAAGGGCGUAUAUUGGAUAUGUAGUUAACGUUCAUGUUAUAGUUUCUAUUUAACCUAGCUAACGUUAGCAGCAAGCCUAGGACAGUGCAUUGUAAGUAUCAGCUCAUGCUAAAUGUAAACUUUUAGUUGUGUAGCUAACGUAAAAUAACCAUAAAAAAAUGGUUAUAUAUACCAUAGAAUACGCAGUGUGUAUGAGACAUUAAUAAACUAAGAACAUGUCAAUGAAAGCCUUAUGCAAACUUUAAUGGAACUUUUAGCUAAACAUCCAUUGAUUGUUAAGCUGGACAGUCGCAUGCAUAUAUCUGUGUUUAUCGUAUGAUAAGGUCUAAUCUGCUGUCUACACCAUAGACCUAAUGGCAUGCGAACUUAAUUUUUUAGUAAUUAACGCAUUUUAAAAACUAAAAGUUAAGUUUAUUAGCUAUUCGCGAUGGCAAGUGCCUUGGCAGCGAAAAUGGGAUUUACCUCACUAUUGAGAAAACAAGCCAGGAACUUCAACGUCAGGAUCUGCACAAUGGAGUCAGACAUGGAGUUCAGCUGCGAGGUCAAGUGGAAAGGUAAAGACCUUUUUGACUUUGUGUGCCGGACUCUGGGACUGAGGGAGACAUGGUUUUUUGGGCUCCAGUACAACAUCAAGGACACAGUUGCUUGGCUGAAAAUGGAAAAGAGGGUUCUGGAUCAGGAGGUACCAAAGGAGGAACCAAUCACCCUUUACUUUCUGGCCAAGUUUUACCCUGAAAAUGCUGAGGAGGAGCUAGUGCAAGAUAUCACACAACAUCUUUUCUUCCUACAGGUGAAGAAGAAGAUCCUCGAGGAGGAGAUUCACUGUCCACCUGAGGCCUCUGUGCUGCUGGCCUCCUACGCCGUCCAUGCCAAGUACGAAGACUACGACCCCAGUGUCCACAAACCUGGCUUCUUGGCUAAGGAGGAACUGCUUCCAAAGAGGGUUAUUAACUUGUACCAGAUGACUGCAGAAAUGUGGGAGGAGAGGAUCACAGCCUGUUAUGCAGAGCACAGGGGCAGGACGAGGGAUGAAGCUGAGAUGGAGUAUUUAAAAAUAGCUCAGGACCUGGACAUGUAUGGCAUCAAUUUCUUUUUAAUCAGGAAUAAAAAGGGAACAGAUCUUCUUCUGGGUGUGGAUGCCCUGGGUCUGCACAUCUACGAGCCGGACAACAGGCUGACGCCCAAGUGCUCUUUCCCUUGGAAUGAGAUCCGCAACAUCUCCUACAGCGACAAGGAGUUUACCAUCCAACCUGUGGACAAAAAAACCAGUGUUUUCAAGUUCAACUCUUCACGGCUAAGAGUCAACAAGUUGAUCCUCCAGUUGUGUAUAGGGAACCAUGACCUGUUUGUGCGCCGGCGGCGGGUGAACUCACUUGAAGUACAGCAGAUGAAGUCUCAGGCCAGAGAGGAGAGGGCCAGGAAACAGGUAGAGAGGCAGCGUCUGCAGAGGGAGAAGAAGCUGCGGGAGGAGGCAGAGAGAGCCAGGGACGAGCUGAAAAGGAGGCUGAUUCAGCUGCAGGACGAGGCUCACAUGGCCAACGAUGCACUGCUGCGUUCGGAGCAGACGGCGGACCUGCUAGCUGAAAAGGCCCAGAUUGCGGAAGAGGAGGCUAAGCUGCUGGCCCAGAAAGCUGCAGAGGCCGAGACAGAGAUGCAACGCAUGAAAGCGACUGCCAUCCGUGGCCAGGAGGAGCGGCGGCUCAUGGAGCAGAAGAUGCUGGAGGCAGAGAUGCUGGCCCUCAAGAUGGCUGAGGAAUCGGAAAGGAGGGCCAAGGAGGCUGAGCUGCUGAAACAGGACCUGCAGGAAGCCAGGGAGUCGGAGCGCAGGGCAAAGCACAAGCUGCUGGAGGUUACCAGCAGGGCUGUCUACGCGUCUCCUGGACUGCCGUCUGACAGCAUGCCUCCAGACCUGAGCUUCAGCAAGGAGAACCUGAGCUUUGAAUUUAAAGAUACCGACAUGAAACGUCUCUCCAUGGAGAUCGAGAAGGAGAAAGUCGAGUACAUGGAGAAGAGCAAGCACCUGCAGGAGCAGCUGAAUGAGCUGAAGACUGAGAUUGAAAGUCUGAAGAUGAAAGAGAGGGAAACUCCUCUGGAUGUCAUUCACAACCAGAACACUGAGCAGGGGACCAGCAAGCACAGCAACUUUAAAAAGUUAACGCUACAGAGCACCAAGUCAAGGGUGGCCUUCUUUGAGGAACUUUAAACUACACACCUGUAAAAGUGGGGAUGCACAACUGCCAAGUGCCUCAUGAUUCUACAUUCCUAGGUCAGUUUCUGUGAUGGCCACACUACAAGACCUUAUGCUCCAUUUCCUGAGAAAGCACUAUGAAACACAAAAAAUUGACCACUGCCUUGAUCUGCAGCAGCUCCAGGGGUCUCAUGUGUACGCACAAACAGGGAUGGAACAGAGUGUGUGUUUACCGCAAGUGUGUGUGCAAUACAGCACAUCUGUCAUGAAUAUUUCGUUGUGAACUUGGGUGUGGGUUAUCAAAGAACAAAGGUGUGAAGAAAUAAAAAAAGGUCUUUGACUGCUCCGGUUUUGCUGUGGCUCUAAUGAGACCCUAUUUUUGAAGUUUAGAAUAGUUAUUAUAUCAUGUCCAAAUGGGGUGACCUAUAUUUUUUGACUUUGAAAUUCAAAUGGAAAUAAACCACUAAGGGAUACAUUUGAACAAGAGAAGGAAUUGAUUAUAUGGCUGAUAUGUUGUCCUUACCCUGACUCAAAUAUUUGAUAUUUAGUGGUUAUACAGUAGGCAGCCUAUUUGAUUCAUAAUGCCAACCCAUUCUUCCAUAUAAUACAGUAUUUUCUUUUUUUAUUUAAUAACGUGAUUCUGCUUUUGUUUUCUUGUUUCAAUGGAAUGUUUAAAUAACAAAAUGUAAUGUUCAUUUAGCAGAAACAGGGCAUUUCUUUGCCAUGAUACAUUUAAACAGCCAUUUAUUGCUAAUAGUGGGAGUUGAUGGACUGUGGUGGAUAUUACUGUUCUCAACACAAAAAUCCACUUCUUCAAUUUAUAAUUAAGUAUUUUGUCUUGGUUGUGUUGUGUGAGCAGUGUUCUUUUUAAAUCUCAGAAUUUGUGUCCAUGUUUAUUUCUAUGGGGAAUGUACACAAAAUGUUGUACAUGAGGCCUUAGGACCUGCGUUUACAUCCUGUAAAGAAGUCAUGUGGCAUAUCUCUACAAACACUUGAUUAGGUUGUCCUCAUGCAAGGGCACUGUGCUCUGCUCUCGAAAGUAAAAUGACGGCCAUUAGUACUAGGUUGUUCUUAGAAUUCAAACUGGAUGAAGGAAUUGUGAUUUUUAAAUGUGAGCUUGUGCACAUCCAUCAUCUAUCUCAUUUUUUUGUGUGAAGACAACCACUUUUUCGAAACAUGAAUUUGCAUUUAUUUUGAAUUAAUGUGUCUUCUGAAUUAAUGUGCUCUUUCCCUCUGAAAGCAAUUUUAUUUUUUUAUAGGGAAUAAUAAUGAAUGAAUGCAUAAUAAUGUGAGGAAAAUAUAUUUUUUUCUUCUUGUCUGCUUUUAACAAGGAUAGUAAGGAGUAUUUAAAAUGAAACUGGGUGGAGUUAAAGUACCUUUGUUACUAGAUAUACAUAUCCACAGAAACAUUGUAACAGAUAGGUAUGUUUUGCUUGUAAAAUAAAGGAAUAUCAGGUCAGA